AUGAGUAGCGGCACGAGGUUUAUAUUUCAGCGAAAGCUCUGUCUCAUUGAGGACGUAUUCGAUAACAGCACUGCCUUGCUCGCCGGUAGCUCUAAAGAAGUGCAAUAUAUCCUUGACGUAUCGUUCAACUUUCCAUCUGCGGUUAGCGGCGCGAGCUCAGGCCCCGAGCUGUCGUCCAAGUUUCCAUAUUCAGAAAUCACUGCGAACAUGAUCGCGAGCUUUGCUUUCAAGGCUACUUUCAGUAAGCUGGAAAUGUUUUGGACUGGCGUGAUGGAGGUACACUUCACCUAUAUAAGUGAGACUAAGAGCCCUCAGCAUACGCCUACCUUCAACCCCCUCAAGCACUUCAACUACUUCCACGAAGUUUCUAUACUGGUGUUCGGGACUUCUUCCAUCAUCUUCACCAUGUCAUCGUCCAACUCCAACCCUCGCAUAGUUAUCACGACGCACGACGCAGCAGGAACCGCAAUCUUUGGCUCCGAUAGUGAGGUGCCCCUGUUCCGCCCCAUGGGGCCGAUGGGUUCAUCCUUUGCAGUAUUUGAUGUGCGCAACUCGAUACCGGUCAACAACAUGGAGCCCGCACAAAACUACCCAAAUACGAUACCUCGCUGCCCGCCUAACGGCGCCAUAUUCUGCAUCAGCAACAUCGCGCCUCACUUCAGUGUUCCGAUGCACCGAACGCUGAGCCUCGAUUAUGGGGUCGUGAUUAGCGGCGAGAUAGUCAUGAAGCUCGAUAGUGGGGAGGAGAGAACUGUUAAAGCGGGAGAGUUCCUCAUCCAAGGAGGUGUGAAUCACCAGUGGAUUAACAGGACGGAUGAGGCAUGCCGAAUUUGCUUUGUGACGCUAAGUGCAGAGAAAAUCAAGUUGGCGGAUGGGACGGAGCUGAAUGAAAUUGCCACCAAGAAAUGA